AUGGACACGACCGACCCUCCUCACCAGGACAGUGCAGUGCACACGAUUUCCGAUAACACGAAGGCCCAACCACAUCUUCUUCUCAAGGCUAGUGAUAGCCAGUCAAAAUAUGUCCGAAGCCUCGAGGAGCGACUAGCCGAACUCGAAAGGAAAUUCGAGGAGCUUGACCGGAAAAAAACCAAAGCCCCCAGUGAGGCGGGCUUGAGUGACACUUCGAGAGAUUCGCAUGCAGCUGACGAAGAUGAGAAGGAAGGAAAGGAGGAGAAUUCCACCUGGGUGAUUAUUCCAAAAGCGCGCAAGCUUAACUAUAUAAAUUUCGUCAAUCGAUUUCCCAUUCAGACCGAGAUACCGGUGGUGGAGGCACUCAUGAUAAAUACUACGGUGGAAGCAGCGGAAAACGAGGACAAGCACUGGGUUCCCGAAAAAGCAGUUGAGGAUCCCGAAAAGAGAUUGCGUGACAUGUUGGAGAAGAACCCAUACAAACCAGAUGCAUGGAUGGCCAGGAUUCGAAUCAACUCCACGCCUUUGGUUGAGGAAGUAAUGAAAGUCCUAGACACAUCAGAGAAAUUCUCCAAAAGUGUGACUUUUAUUCAUCCUUUUGACCCUUUAGUCCAUUCCUAUGACAAGCUCAAAACGCGGCUACAUGGAAUGCAAGAGGCCUUGGCAACUCCACAGGACGAAUCCAAAGCCACUGGUGAUGCUGAAGCCGGUGAUAAGGCCGGUACCACUGAAGAGACCAACCUUGCCAAGAUAGAACCUACUGAGCUUGUUUCUCUGAUAGAAAUUUUUGUUCAGUUCCUUGAAGAUGAGGUCCUCUCUUUGCCAGUGAAGAACGACACGAAGAUUCGGUUUGCAUCCCUGUCAUCUAUCUUCAAGCUAGGUGAUACCCUAUUUAUGCCAAGUGCGGACAAGGGGUUCAGGCCGAACCCAGAUGCGUUGAUUCGUCGAAGUGAUCAGCGUCUGUGGCGGGUAUAUCGCAUCAAGAGAUACUGGAAAGACGACGACCGUAGCUUGUUGAUAAAAGCAUAUUCCAUUGAUUAUGAUGGGGAGAACUACAUCUGUAAAAAGAAAAAGUUUGAACUUUACCCCUAUGAUGGAGAACAGGAGAUCUCAAGCUUGCCAGUAUUUCCUCUCAAGUACCUUGAGAAUGCUGAGCAGAUUCGAGUCGAAACGCGUGCCCAGGGGAAGAAGUUCGUGGAGUAUCAGCAAGGUCUUGUCAGUCACCAAGGCUGGGGGGCUGAUCUUGAGACUGGGAAUGGAUCACAGCUGCAGUAUGUCACUGGUGAUGUCGUCGUAGACAUGGCCGAGGCAACCAGCACGCACUCUGAAUGCGUGCAAGACUGGGAAUUCCCCAAAUAUGUGCCAAACGACCGAGGUGCUGAUACGUACACCGUUUGGGUCUGGAAAAUAGUCAAAGGAGAAUACGAGCUUGAUUCCUCGCCUUUGGGGGAGAUGAGAUACUGGAUGAAUGAGUAUUCGCGACUGCAAAAGAUAACAUAUUGCUCUGAGACCGAUCCUUUCCUCUCUCACAGGCUCAAAAACAAGGAUAAGAAAUAUCAGCUGCAAGAACAAGACUUCGAAUUGCUCCCGCGCAGAGUGUUUGGAUAUGUCUUGCAGAAACGAAAAUUCUUGGCACUCGACAUCAGAAACCUGGAGCCAAUCAAGGAUAAUGAGAUGUACAACUCAAAGCUCAUCAUUGACCCGCAUCAUCGAAUCAUGCUGCACGGGCUUAUCGAUUCGCAUUUCCAAAAGAAAGAUCUACGUGAGAGACACGGGACCUUGAAUAUCGACCAGGAUUUUAUCGCGAACAAAGGGCGAGGGCUUAUUUUUCUCUUAUACGGUGUACCAGGGGUGGGUAAAACCUCGACAGCCGAGCAAAUUGCGCAUUUCUGGAAAAAACCGCUUUUACCGGUCACUUGUGGAAAUCUGGGGACAGAAUCCAACGAAGUCGAAGGCAAGCUGAAAGAGAUAUUUCGGCUAGGGAAGAAGUGGGACUGCAUCCUGCUCAUGGAUGAAGCCGACGUCUUUCUGUCAGAGAGAACACCAAUGGCUCUGGAGCGGAACGCUUUAGUCUCGGUGUUCCUUCGUGAAUUAGAGUAUUUCGAUGGUGUUUUAUUCCUUACUACCAACCUUCCCGGCGGGAUCGAUGAAGCGUUCAAAUCGCGUAUCCACAUCACUCUCUACUACCCGCAUCUAAACGAAGAAGACACGAAGGCUAUUUGGAAGGUGAAUAUGGAGCGUCUGAAAAGCAUUGAAGCGCAACGCGCUCAUCUGAACAACGAGUCGCCGCUAAGAAUUAAUGAGCGGGCAAUCCGAAAAUUUGCAAAGAAACAUUUCCGGAACAAUGCGGACGGGAAGGGACGAUGGAAUGGACGUCAGAUUCGAAAUGCCUUUCUUAUUGCCUCUGCGCUGGCACAGUUCGAGAAAGCUAACCCCGAUCGUGAUGCCGUUCCAACCACAUACAACUCAAAGCUCGAUGAUCCGUCUUUUGAUCUUAAUCCUCGACACUUCGAUAUCGUGGCCAAAGCGAGCUUGGGCUUUGAGGAAUACCUAGCCGAGGCCAAAGGCCGACUUGCAUCGGAGAUAAUGUUUCAACGAGGGCAACGUGCGGACUUCAUCCGGUCCUCGUCUGAACAGACCGCAGGACCCUCAUCGUUGACAACUCAUGUAUAUCACCCUCAACCCCAGGAGAGUCAUGAGCCCGAUCCUUUCCGUCAACAGAAAGGCUGGAGUGAAGGCCCGACAGGACCAUACAGUCAUCAAAACCCGGUGGAAGAUCAGAAUUGGACCCACCCCGCGGGAAAUCCGUAUGGCGGACACCAAGGACAUGGGGCACCGAUACACCAGGGACGGCUGUUUCAGACUCCUCAACAGGAUCCACGAAUGAGAUCCACCCUCAAUCUUGGUGGUAGCGUACAAUCACGCAGGGAUAUUGCUUCCCAGGGAUCGCCAUCCCCAUUCCAACAAAAUCACCAAACCAACUAUCCUAGUGGGAAGAUGAAUAUGAGCGCCCACCAAGACUCUGACUCUGAUUCUGACGCAUAG